UUCCAGGAGAGGAGUAGUAUAAGUAUAAAAUGGUGCAGAAUUCCUUCCUCCUCCCUGAUUCCAGAAUCCCUCACAGUUAUUAGUGGGCACAACACCACCAGAGCAGAGCCAUGGCUCCUCCUCAAUGGAUCAUCAUCCUCUUCGUCUUUCUAUUCCUAAUUUCAUACUCGUCUGCCGCCCCCUCCUCCGGGAUUGUCGGGAAUAUCAGCGCCACGGAGGCCGAGAAUCUCCCCGGCAUGACCCACAUCACACUUGCGGGCGCCCUUCUCCACGGUUUCAAAGAGGUCGAGGUGUGGGUGGAGACGGCUGCCCCGGGAGUUCACACACCCAUUCACCGCCACGACUGCGAGGAGGUCAUCGUCGUCCUCAAGGGCAGCGGCACCCUCUACCUCGGCUCCCAUGUCGACGACGACGAUGAUGGCGGCGGCGGCACCCGGCCCCAAGAGAUCCCCUUCCACGAGAACAGCACCGUUCGCAUCCCUCCCAACCACGCCCACCAGGCCUGGAAUACAAACCCGCACCAGGACCUGCACGUCAUCGUCAUCAUUUCAAGGCCGCCCUUGAGACUGUGGGUGUACAGCGACUGGAGCGCCCCACACGAGUCCGCAAAGGAGAUGUUCCCCACGGUUUGGGACAACAAGUUUCUUCUCAAGGCCAAUGCCAACCCCAAGGAUGACGUUCUUCAUCAUCAUCGUCGUCAUGAACUCUGACCUCUCUCUCCCUCAUCUUGGGCCGGCGCCACAUUCAAGAUUGAGUUAUUUCUGUCUAUCCGAUCAAUUCUAAGCCUACUUUUCUUUAUAGUGUAAGAGUAAAAUAAACAAUUU